AUGACCGACUCACCAGAUGUUCCAAAUUCCCAAAAGGCCUUUGUGCCUCUCGAAAAUAACCCCGAAGUCAUGUCCCACCUAGUCCACCAACUUGGGCUUCCACCGACCUUCGGCUUCACCGAUGUAUUCUCAAUUGACGAACCCGACCUCUUAGCCUUUGUCCCUCGCCCGUCCCACGCCCUCCUUCUCGUCUUCCCCGUAAGCUCCACCUACGAAGCAUCCCGCACAAAAGAAGACAGCGCCCUCCCCGAAUACUCCGGCACGGGCCCUUCCGAACCCGUUACAUGGUUCAAGCAAACCAUUCGCAACGCCUGCGGUCUCAUCGGUCUUCUCCACGCCGUGGCAAACGGCGAACCCCGGCAACACAUCACGCCCGGUUCGGACCUCGAUACUCUGCUGCGCGAAGCAGAGAACUUGGCGCCUGUCGCGCGGGCUGACUUACUAUAUGACAGUCAGGCGCUGGAGAGUGCACAUGCCAAGGCGGCGAAGUUGGGGGAUACAGCGGCUCCGGAGGCGGAAGAUAGUGUUGAUUUGCAUUUUGUGGCGUUUGUCAAGGCGGGUGGACAGCUUUGGGAGCUUGAUGGAAGGCGGAAAGGGCCUUUGGCUAGGGGCGCGCUUGGGGAAGAUGAAGAUGCGCUAAGUGAGAAGGCACUUGGAUUGGGGGUUAGGAGGUUCUUGAGGACGGAGGCAGCUGGGGGAAAUCCGGACUUGAGGUUUAGUCUGGUUAGUUUGGGUCCUGUGUUUGAUUAG